CUUUGUAUGAGGGCAUGCUCACAAAAUCUCUGCCUUUCUUUUUAGUUUCCUGUUUGAAGUCUGCGCUAAGCAAAGUCUUGGGGAUUGGAAUCAUCAUUGGGUCUACUCUAGUGAAGGUGCCCCAGGUGGUCAAGAUUGCAGGUAGCCGUAGUGGAGAAGGUAUCAGCAUCCUGUCCAUCUCACUUGAACUUGCUGCUAUCACCUUCAAUGGCGCAUACAGCUUCAUGAAUGCUUACCCAUUCAGUGCAUGGGGAGAGGCGGCGUUUCUGGCCCUGCAGACGGUGCUGAUCGCAGGGAUGGUGCUCCACUUCGGAGGAAGUACCCAGGGUGCCCUGGCUUACACGGGGAUGUACACCCUCCUGUUGGCGAUGCUCGUCUCGGGCCACACCCCAUCCAUCGUGCUCUGGUACCUGGCGUCGUCUGUCAUCCCCCUCAUCCUCGGCGGAAAGGCCAUCCAGGCGUGGCAGAACGUGAAGCAGGGCCACACGGGCCAGCUGUCGGGUCUGACCCUGUUCCUUCUCCUGGCCGGGUCCUUAGCGCGAAUCUUCACAUCGGUGCAGGAGACGGGGGAUCCUGUCAUUGUCGUUUCUUACCUGGCCUCCUCUACCGUCAAUGCCGUCAUCCUGGCCCAGAUAAUCUGGUACAGGAAGGCGACUGCGAAGCUGGUGGAGACGAGACGAGAAAAGAAGGAGUGACAGGGACUUUGUGAUAGAUUUGAUAAUGUAAAUGUUGUCAUAAGUUUCUGGACGCGGUUCUAUUUCCUUGACGAAGUUUCGUGUCGCGUUGGCGUCGUUUUAUGCCUUGAUGAAAUAAAGGGGGAAACCCUGAUUCCGAU